AUGCUGGUGACUUAACUUUUACUCACUAGACAACCCUAAAUCAUUGAUUCGCAAGAAUCGAUGAAGUGUCUUAAACAACAAUAGACAUUAUCAAAUAAAACAUUCUUGAGAACACUUGUCAAAGAUUACAAAUAGAAAUUAGUUUGCUUGAUGCCAUUCAUAGAGUUUAUGAAUUUUAUGCAGAAAAAUUUUUUGGCCUAUACUACCGUUCAAUCAGAUACAAAUUCCUUGAUAAUCAUAAGACCUAGCCAGAAUUGGGCAGAGCUAAUGCACUAAGAAACAUAUCUUUUAACAAAUGAAUGGAUAAAUAAUGCAAGCUUUAUGCUGCUUUUCAAUGAUAGCUUAGCGAAUUGGAAUGUUGAAAAGUCCAGACAAGAAGUACCGAGACAUGAAUACUCUAUUGGCUGGAUCAUUGGCUCAAUAAAAGCAAAUGAUGUAUACCUUAAGUUAAUCUUAGUAGAUGAAGUAUGA